AUGAAACAAAUUAUGAUCAAUUUCUCAGAACUCACUGAUGAUGCCAAAAAAAAAUAUAUUACUUUUCUAGCUGAAAGCAAUAUAAGUAUAGAAAAACAAUCAAUUAAGAAACCUACAAUGCCAUAAUAACAUCGAGCCAGAUAAUAUAGUGCUAAUACUGAUAUUGCAAAUUUUAAGUCAUAUACUCCUAUAAGUAAAUUGUUAUUGAAUAUUCUAAAAUAGANUCAUAUUGUUAAACUAGAAUUUAAACAUCAUUUUCAAGAGCAGGAUAUUGGAAAAUGAAUAAUAAAGAGUUUAUAUAUUAAUAUUAAUAAUUGAUGUUAUUCAACAUAGUUUCUGGAGAGUUAGAGAAAUUAUAUGAAAAAGAGAACCCAACUUAUGAUGAGAUCAUACGAUUUAUUAGAGAUCAAAUGAACAUUAUUAACCCUUUAUUAACUUAUAUAGAUGAUGAUGGGAAAUCUUAUUAUGUUAAUUGUACAAAUGACAUUAAUGAAAUAAAAAAGAAAUUAUCUAUAAUUAAGAAAGUGAAUUUGUAUAUAACAUUAUAAUCUUGGACUUGUGGAUUUUGUACAUAUGAAGAGAAUACAGAUGAGAAAUGUGAAGUUUGUGGAUAAAUGAGAAAAUGA